GGGCGCGCCGCGGGGGACUCUCCAGCAGCGGCGGUGGUGGUGGAUCGGGCCCCGCCGCUCCCGGGCGCCCUCAUGAGCCUCAACGAGCACUCCAUGCAGGCGCUGUCCUGGCGGAAGCUCUACCUGAGCCGGGCCAAGCUCAAAGCCUCCAGCCGCACCUCGGCGCUCCUCUCCGGCUUCGCCAUGGUGGCGAUGGUGGAAGUCCAGUUAGACGCUGACCACAACUACCCGCCAGGUCUCCUGAUCGCCUUCAGCGCCUGCACUACCGUCCUGGUGGCUGUCCACCUCUUCGCCCUCAUGAUCAGCACCUGUAUCCUCCCCAACAUCGAGGCCGUGAGCAACGUCCACAACCUCAACUCCGUCAAGGAGUCCCCCCACGAGCGCAUGCACAAGCACAUCGAACUGGCCUGGGCCUUCUCCACCGUCAUCGGGACCUUACUCUUCCUGGCGGAGGUCGUCCUUCUUUGCUGGGUCAAGUUCCACCCUUUGAAGAAGAAGCCGGCGUCGGCGUCCGGAGACGGCCAUCCGGCCACCAACGACACCGCCUCCGCCAUCACCGCCGGCGAGGCGGCGGCCAUCACGUCCACCACCAUCAUGGUCCCCUUCGGGCUGAUUUUCAUCGUCUUUGCGGUCCAUUUCUACCGCUCGCUGGUGACUCACAAGACGGACCGGCAGUUCCAGGAGCUGAACGAACUGGCCGAAUUCGCCAGGCUGCAAGAUCAGCUGGAUCACAGGGGGGAUUCCUUGCCCCCUCCCGGAAGCCACUUUGCUUAGGGGGGGGAAAGGAGGAGGAGGAAACCAAGAAACGAACGAAGCCGAAACCACGCCAUGAAACAAAACCGAGCGAUGCCACGGGGGACACGGUUUCUGUUGUGUUCUCAACACCGUAGUGCCUGUCCGUGGGGCUCUACGGGAGGGGAGGGGUUGGUUUGGAAAAAUUUAGUAGUACUGUAUUUAACCCUUUUAGUGCUUUUUAAAAAAAAAAACAGAAAGAAAUCUCCAAUCUGUUCUCGUAACAUCUUGAAGGACUGAUGUUGGGAAGUCAUUCUGCUUUUGGGGCAACCUUCUCCUCCUCUCCUCCUUGGCCUUCAGGGUGUUUUCUUUGAAACCAUGAUUCAUGGGGCGGGUGGUGGUGGAAGGAUGCUUGUUGUUGUCAGGCUGGGAAAGGGUGGGGGGACAAGAAGUGAGGGGCUAGUAGGAAAGCAUCAUAUUUUUACUUUUCCAUGUUUGAUAACUGGCAGAGACUAGAAUGAGUCCCCACUCCCCCUUUUGUCAGAACUGCACCACCAGCCUACAAAUCAAUGGACUUGAAGAAGGGUUGAAUUUAUGAAUGACAUGGGGGUGCACACAUCAUGUAGUACUGGCGAAGGGCAGAAUGGCUCUUAGCAAGAGAAUUUGCUUUCCAAGAAUCAUGGCCUUUAGCUUUAUUUUUAUUUUUAAGAUCAACUAAGUUUCUAGUCCAUCUGGAAGCCAAGCUGUGCUUAAGGCUGAAGGAGAAGAGUCCUCACUCUCUUCCUCUUUAAUUGUGACAUGCAGGAAAGCGAAUUGUGUUGUGCAAAAUAGGGGAACCGGAGAAAAUGGUUUCGGCCUGCCAGAUUUGCAGAGAAUGGUUGGUUUUCGUGGCUGCCGAGUGUGGCCGAUUUCCUUGCAAAGUCUGGCUUCGUUUUCUUUCAAAGACGGAGGGGUGGAUUAAAGCACACAAUGGUCCAUUUGUCUCCGUGGCCGUGAUCCCAAUCAUCCUUGCCUUCGAGUAGAGUUCGCGGAACCUGAUGGCUUUUACUUCUCCAUAACUAUGCAUAAGAUAGGCUUGUAAGUUAUGGAGGCACUUAGAACAAAUUAUUUUGCAGUCAUGGGGCAGGAAGUGGUUUUGCCCGUGGAAACCUCUUUGUUCCGGACCACGUUAGUUGUUCGGAGAUGCAGAUUGGACCGACAAUGGACUGUAAUUCCCAUCAUCCACGGCCACCAUGGUGACUGUGGAUGAUGGGAAUUGCAGUCCAAGCAGCACAACACUGGAGAAGCUGGCCUUGGAUCUUUGACCGGGCUGCAGGACUUUCUGAAAAGCACUUGGAAAAAUAUAUAAAGAUGUUAUCCUAGAUGAGUAGAACUAAUCUUAACCUACCUGUCAAAGUGGCCAUUAAUUUAUAUAUUGUUUUUUUUAAAAAAAAAAACAUGUAUGUAUGUAAAUAUGAAGGAGUCACAUUCUGACAUCAAAAUCCUUAAUAUUUUUCGGAUCUUUGCUUUGUUGCUGACUGAGAGCCCUCCUGCCUUUUCCUGGAAGACGUUUCGGAUGGUUAAGAAAAUAAAUCUUAGGAGUAUUUUCUUUUGGUGCCUUGAAGCUUUUUGUCUGCAGGGGUAUUUUAUUUAUGCAGAGGAAUCGGAGUGUGUUUUGUGUUCCUGGUUUAUUUUAUCCUUAAGCAGCCACCCUCCCUGCUUCCCCUGGGAAGGUUAAUUACUUUUAUUGUCAAAAGCACUGUUUCCUUUGGAGUCCUGCCUUGGGUAGAGUUCCUCGUGGGGCUGGCCUUGCCGGGUGGAAUGCUGGAUGUGUUUGAAUUGGAGAGUUAUUUCAGGAUGAGCGUGUUUGUGUUUUCCCCUUGCACGCUUUCUGGUAUGUUUUCAGAGCCAAAGAGCGGUGUUCUCUGAGAAGCGUCCCUGUUAUUUUUUGCAGAAUGGAAAUGUUGCCUCUCCCACACCUCGCUUGCUUCAACUGCAAAGAAACCUCAGUGCCGUUUUUUAAACUUUCUAGUCCUCAUUAAUUAAAAAAAAUCCAGUUGUGUGCCCGUUCUGACUCCACAGCUGGAGAUCUAAACCACUCAGCCAUCCUGCCAGUCAACAGUGUUAGGAGCCCCGCUCGGAGGCCACAAAAAUAAGCAAAUAUUGAUCUCCUUUACAGAACAAAAUGUUUCCAGAAAUGGAAGGAGGGAGAGGCUCAAGGCCAGCUUCAUGGAGACCUAUUGCAUUCUGCGCGGUCAGAAACGUAAGGGGAACGGACAGGGCAGGUAACGUCCUGGAUUCUACCAGCUGAUGUGAGCAGCUUGGGUUCUAUCUAGUUCUGCUUCUUGUGGCCUAAAUCCAGUUUUUUAAUCCCAACUAGAGUGGAUCUAUUAGAUCAAUGGAAGCUUGAUAAGCAAUUUCCCUUACUGUGAGAUCCAGCUUGGCGUAAUGGAUCAGGGGAUCAGGCUAGAACUUGGGAGACCUGAGUUUAAAUCCAUACUCCGUUAUGGAAAUUCACGGGGCGGACUUUGCAUGGCGAGGAAGACUCUUAUUAGUAUCUUAUUAGCCCCUAAGGCUUUAUUAGGGUUACUCUUAAGUCGGAAGCAACUUGAUUAUGUGUAAUACCUUUCUUUGAUUUCAGAGGGGCUAGCUUAACUGGGACUACGGUUGUUUUUAAGCUUAUGAUUUGCCAGGAAGGAAAAAAAAGUCCAACGAGAACAUCUGUCUACAACCUGCUAGCUGGAAAUAGACAUCAUUGUGAAAGUAUGAUGCUUCUUUCUCUGCAGGGUUGGGAAAAAAUGGCUAGCUGCUGAUAUUCCUUGCUAUUUUGGGGUACUUGUGUGGGUGCUCUCCUACCGAGCAACAUCCAAAGCCCUUUUUUUUUUCUUGUUGGGGUUUGAGCUUCUUCGCCAUCUCCAAUAAGUCCUGUCCUGAACAGCUCUGCUCAACUCUUAUUAGUAACUCAAACCUAUGGCUUCCUUUAGGGAAUCGGUCCGUCUUAUAUUUGGUCUUCCUCUUCUCCUGCUGCCUUCAACUUUUACUAGCAUUACUGUCUUUUCCAGAGAAUCCUGCCUUGUCAGGAUGUAUUCAACGAAGGACGGCCUCCGUUUGCCUCCAGAGAUAAGAGUUCAGGCUUGGUUUGGAUAGACAGAUGCAAAAAAAAAAAGGAAAAACAAUGUACAAAUAUAUCUUUUUCUACUUUUUAUUCUCAAAAAUGAGUAAGAGAGCCAGUUCAAUGAUACCUUUUAUUCAUAGGAAUUCUUUGUAAUGAAACACGCAACAUGAUUGAGGGAAAUCAUAUCUGUACGUUUUCUGGAUCCCUUUAGGCAUGCACUCAUUUAUUUCUGCUGUAUCUUGGGAAGGAGACAGCAGAAAUAAAUAUUUCUAGACAAUUGUUAUAAAUAAGCAGACAAGGUUCUGUUUUGCCUGCUCUCUGGGUUGGCUUGAGUGUGUGUGGGAGUGUGUGUGCCUGUGUGUUUAUAGUUUUUAAAAUCACCUUUCUCUGCAGGAUUUGUACCUACUCUUGUUUGGAAAUCAUUGUUAACUAUGACUAAAAAUGAAACUAGAAAAUUAAAAUUAUUUUUCCAGUUUA